CUGGCCUGCUGGUGCCGGUCAGAUAACACUGGGAAACCUGAAAGGCACCACGGAACAUAACCCUCCCCCCAGAUCUCCCUAGAAGAUUGGGUGGUGCUCCAGGAGCGCAAGCGGAGAUGCGGGGAGAAGUGGCCUCUCUCGGGCGGUGCUGAGAGCCACUCGCAGCCCUGUGCACUCUCUGUCGCUGGGGUUUCCCAAUUCUGAGGACUGGCUGCCCUUGCAUCCUUUUGCACCCUUUGGGGAAGGGAUAAGGAGACCAUGUUGCUCGGUGGGAGUCGUGCAUCCCUAUGGCUGGGAGUGAUCCUGAGCUUCUGGAGCUCCGUGGCUUGGAUGCCUGUUGGAGGUUGCCCCAAUAAAUGUACCUGCUCUGCCUCUAACGUGAAUUGUCAUGGGCUGGGACUGAAAACCGUGCCACGAGGUAUUCCCAGGAAUGCAGAGCGACUGGACUUAGACAGAAAUAAUAUCUCAAGAAUCACCAAGAUGGACUUUGCUGGGCUGAAGAAUCUUCAUGUCUUGCAUUUGGAAGAAAAUCAAAUCAGUAUGAUAGAGCGUGGAGCAUUUCAGGAUCUAAAGCAACUCGAACGGCUGCGUCUGAACAAGAAUAAAUUACAGGUUUUACCCGAGCUGCUUUUCCAGAACACGCUGAAGUUAACCAGAUUGGAUCUAAGUGAAAACCAAAUUCAAGGAAUCCCAAGGAAGGCCUUUCGAGGAAUUACUGAUGUGAAGAACUUGCAACUGGACAACAACCAGAUCAGCUGCAUUGAAGAUGGAGCCUUCAGAGCCCUGCGUGACUUGGAGAUUCUCACUCUCAACAAUAACAACAUCACCCGCAUCCCUCUUACCAGUUUCAACCAUAUGCCAAAGAUCAGGACUCUGCGGCUUCACUCCAAUUACCUGUAUUGUGACUGCCACUUGGCUUGGCUGUCUGACUGGCUGCGUCAGAGACGCUCGAUUGGGCAGUUCACAUUCUGCAUGGCACCCGUGCACCUUCGGGGUUUUAAUGUGGCGGAUGUUCAGAAAAAGGAAUACGUCUGUUCUGGUUCCCACUCUGAACCUCCAUCCUGCAAUGCUAAUUCCAUCACUUGCCCAUCCGCUUGCACAUGCAGCAACAACAUUGUGGACUGUCGAGGCAAGGGCUUAACAGAAAUUCCAUCUAACCUGCCAGAGGGCAUUGUGGAAAUACGCUUGGAACAGAAUUCCAUCAAAACAGUUCCCCCUGGAGCUUUUUCCCAGUACAAGAAACUUAAGAGAAUAGACAUCAGCAAGAAUCAAAUAUCUGACAUUGCUCCUGAUGCAUUCCAUGGCUUGAAAUCUCUCACCUCGUUAGUGCUCUAUGGAAAUAAGAUCACUGAGAUUCCCAAAGGCCUUUUCGAUGGACUUGUCUCUCUGCAGUUGCUGCUUCUCAAUGCCAAUAAGAUCAACUGCCUCAGGGUAAACACGUUUCAAGAUCUGCAUAAUCUGAACCUGCUAUCUCUUUAUGACAACAAACUGCAGACCAUCAGCAAGGGGCUCUUUGCACCUCUCCAAUCGAUCCAGACUCUACAUUUAGCUCAGAAUCCAUUUGUGUGUGACUGCCAUUUGAAGUGGCUGGCUGAUUACCUGCAGGAUAAUCCGAUAGAAACCAGCGGCGCUCGAUGCAGCAGUCCACGUCGCCUUGCCAACAAACGAAUCAGCCAGAUCAAGAGCAAGAAGUUCCGCUGCUCAGGUUCAGAGGAUUACAGAAGUAAGUUCACCGGGGAGUGCUUCAUGGACCUUGUCUGUCCUGAAAAGUGUCGCUGCGAAGGAACAAUUGUAGACUGUUCCAAUCAAAAACUCACACGCUUACCGAGUCACCUUCCUGAAUAUGCUACCGAUCUCCGUCUAAAUGACAAUGAUAUCUCAGUUCUAGAAGCUACUGGAGUCUUCAAGAAGCUGCCCAGCCUAAGGAAAAUAAACCUGAACAACAAUAAGAUCAAGGAGAUCCGAGAAGGUGCCUUUGAUGGGGCAACUGGGGUGCAGGAACUGAUGCUGACGGGGAAUCAGCUGGAAUCUGUGCAAGGGCGAAUGUUUAGAGGCCUCACAGGACUCAAGACAAUGAUGCUGAGGAGCAACUUAAUCAGCUGUGUGAACAAUGACACCUUCACAGGACUAAGCUCAGUAAGGUUGCUCUCUCUCUACGACAAUCGCAUCACCACCAUCACUCCUGGAGCUUUCAAUACACUUGUCUCUUUGUCCACGAUUAAUUUGCUGUCUAAUCCCUUUAAUUGUAAUUGCCACCUGGCAUGGCUGGGGAAGUGGCUGAGAAAAAGGAGAAUUGUUAGUGGAAAUCCACGUUGCCAGAAACCCUCUUUCUUAAAGGAGAUUCCGAUUCAAGAUGUGGCCAUACAGGACUUCACCUGUGAUGGUAAUGAUGAAAGCAGCUGUCUGCUCUCUCCUCGUUGUCCUGAUCAAUGUACUUGCAUGGACUCAGUAGUGCGUUGCAGUAACAAAGGGCUGCGCAUUCUGCCCAAAGGCAUUCCCAAGGAUGUGACUGAGCUAUAUCUGGAAGGAAACCAUUUAACAGCUGUGCCAAAGGAGCUGUCGACCUUCAGACACCUGACACUGAUUGACUUGAGCAACAACAGCAUCAGCAUAUUGGCCAAUUACACCUUCAUCAACAUGACUCAGCUAUCAACACUGAUCCUGAGCUACAACAGCCUCCGGUGUAUUCCAACCCAUGCAUUUAAUGGACUCAAGUCUCUUCGAGUGCUGACUCUUCAUGGUAAUGAUAUUGCCAGUGUUCCCGAAGGUUCUUUUAAUGACCUUGUGUCCCUUUCACAUCUGGCUCUGGGUACCAACCCCUUGAACUGUGACUGCAGUCUGCGCUGGCUUUCGGAAUGGGUGAAGGCAGGGUACAAAGAGCCAGGGAUUGCACGCUGCAGUGGGCCAGAGGACAUGGCAGACAGACUGCUUCUCACAACACCAACCCAUCACUUCCAGUGCAAAGGACCAGUAGAUAUCAGCAUUGUGUCCAAGUGUAACCCUUGCCUUUCCAGUCCAUGUAAGAACAAUGGGACAUGCAACAAUGAUCCAGUGGAGUUUUAUCGAUGCACUUGUCCAUAUGGUUUCAAGGGUCGAGACUGCAAUAUGCCCAUUAAUGCCUGCAUUCAGAAUCCAUGCCAGAAUGGAGGGACCUGCCAUCUCACUGAGGCAAAUAAAGACGGAUUCAGCUGUUCUUGCCCUCUAGGGUAUGAGGGGGAGAGAUGUGAAAUAAACCCAGAUGACUGUGAAGAUAAUGAUUGUGAGAAUAACUCCACGUGCAUGGAUGGAAUCAACAACUAUGUCUGUCUCUGCCCUCCUAAUUACACAGGUUUGUUACUCUAUGAGGAUGGUGCACGGAUGACAGGCUUCUCGUAUGCUGGAGGGUAUUACAUAUCACUGGAAUUAAUAAGUAUAAAGUUGGAGUGCCCUG